ACCUGCAACUAACAGCUAGCGAAGCAUUCAGAGCUUCUGACAGGAUGUAAGAUCUCGAGAAUUUUCUGUGGUCUCGCUGAGCGUCAGCAGGUGAGAAUGGAGAUCAGAAUAGAGUGACGCUCUGGAUUCGGACCCGGGCUGUCACAGCGGCUGCUUUGCUGAAUAAUUGAUCCCUUGGCUUGUGACUGGUUGAAAAUGAGGAAGGCAGCACUGAUGGUUUGGAUCAGUCUUGUGGUGCAAGUGUCCCACGGGGCUCAGGGUCAUUAUGCCCACAAACUUCUGUCUGACUUGAUGGAGGACUACUCCAAUGCUCUGAGACCAGUGGACGACACAGACAAAGCCCUCAAUGUCUCCCUGCAGAUCACCCUGUCACAGAUUAAAGAUAUGGAUGAGAGAAACCAGGUGCUGACUACGUACCUGUGGAUCAGGCAAGUCUGGCAUGACAACCUCCUGAAGUGGGACAAGGAGGACUAUGAUAACCUGGAGAUGAUCAACAUCCCCAGUGACCUAGUUUGGAAGCCAGACAUUGUCCUCUACAACAAAGCAGAUGAGGAGCCUGCAGAAGCAUCCAGCACUAAUGUAAAACUGCGUUAUAACGGAGAGAUCAUCUGGGACUCUCCAGCGAUCACAAAGAGCACAUGUGUGGUGGACGUCUCCUACUUCCCCUUUGACUGGCAACAGUGCAACCUCACCUUCGGUUCCUGGACCUACAAUGGCAACCAGGUGGACAUCAGUUUGGGGAUGGACAGCGGUGACCUGUCUGACUUUGUGGAGAAUGUGGAGUGGGAGUGUCACGGCAUGCCAGCAGUAAGAAACGUCAGGAUGUACGGCUGCUGCUCCGACCCUUACACUGAAAUCACCUACACCCUGCUACUGAAGCGCCGCUCCUCUUUUUACAUCUUCAACUUGCUCCUGCCCUGCUUCCUCAUCUCAUUCCUGGCCCCGCUGGGCUUCUACCUGCCGGCUGACUCGGGGGAGAAGGUUUCCCUUGGCGUCACAGUGCUGCUGGCGCUUACCGUGUUCCAGUUGUUGGUAGCUGAGAGCAUGCCUCCUGCAGAAAGCAUGCCCUAUAUAGGGAAGUACUACAUAGCCACCAUGACUAUGAUCACAGCCUCCACCUCUCUCACCAUCUUUAUCAUGAACAUUCAUUUCUGUGGGCCUGAGGCCAAGCCGGUCCCUCACUGGGCCAAAGUGCUCAUCAUAGACUACAUGUCCAAGAUUUUCUUCGUCUACGAGGUGGGGGAGAACUGCACUACGCCGGAGAGUGAGAGGACGCCGCUCUACCCUGAGGAACCCUUGAACGGUAACAGCAGCUACCACGAUGACUAUUUCAAUGACUACCAUCAUGACAACGACCCAUACAAGUACAGCAACGGCCAUGGCGUACACCAUCCCAACAAGCAUCACAAAAACCAGGCCAAUGGCAAUGCCAACAAUAGCCGUCACCAUUACAACAACCAUAACAACCAUGCUUCCAGACUGGAGAGGGGCGAGGGGAAGCGAGAGCCUGCAAAGCGCUACCACCACAUCAGGAGGGAUGAACUGGACUACCAGACCUGUCCUCAUCCAGAAAACCUCUCGCACCUGAACGGAGGGCUGAAGGAACAGCUCCUCUUUCCUGUGGAGAAGCUUCAGGUCCCAGCCUGCCCCUGCUGCUGCCCCUGCCUCCAACAUAAACAGGUGGUAAAGAACAUCCAGUACAUAGCCAACUGUUUCCGCGAGCAGAGAGCUACUUGUGUCAAGGCAGCAGAGUGGAAGAAGGUCGCCAAGGUGAUGGAUAGGUUUUUCAUGUGGAUCUUCUUUGUCAUGGUGUUCCUCAUGAGCAUCCUCAUCAUCGCCAAGGCAUCCUGACAGCCUCCUCCCUCGUCUUUUUACCAUCAUGAUAACAUUCAUCCUCCUUCACGGCUGGACCUCAGCAUUACUCACCUCAUUUUUUACUUUAAAGCAGCACCAGAUAAAUCAAAACUGUUUUAUAUGUGUGUCAGUAUUGUGUGUAUGUGCGUGCGGUUGUGUAGGUUGAUUGUUAUUUUUUUGCUUUGACUUAAAGAGGACGAGGUCACUGCGCACCAAUCAUCCGUUUAACCACACAGGCACACAAGCACAGGAUUCAUCAAAGCCUCUCGGUUAGUUAAUGUCAGGUGUGCUUGCAUGUGUGAUGGAGCAGUGGAGCGGUAAGACAAUCUAGGCUUCGCCUUGAACAUGCAUGGAUUCUCCAUUAUUGAUGAGCUAACAGCCAGACAUCCAGCUAUAGGCAUUACAUUACUUAACAUUGCGUUUCAGGCAACCAGAUGAUGCUGCUUUCCAGAGUCGGUUACAAUGAGAGCAGCAGCAGAUUGACCUUAAAUACUUAUGAGACAACAUUAUAUAUGGUCAAAGGGCCAAUCAUCAUGGGAAAGCGUGCAAUGUAAGGACAUUUAGUGUUUUACUAGUUUAGAUUGUAAGAAAUUUGGUUUACAUUAGUUGUGAAUCCUUGAAUGUGAGACUUGAAGAAAAAGGGUGAAUGUUUACCUUUCUUACUUUUCAAAGAGCCCUCACUUUUUAACACAAUACUCAGACCUUAAAGUCUACCUCCAGAGUGUGAACAGCGGAUGUACUGUACCUUUUGACUAACUUGUGCUUCGCUCAUUGGUCCAGUAAAAAAUAAACCUUUGAUAGCUUGUUAUUAAA